GCCGAAACCCGUAGUGACUUCGACCGUGCUUUCGUCCAUUCGGCGAUCGAGCAGUGGUAUGGCAGCAAGGAGGCCUUCGUGAAUUAUGUCCGCGGCCCACUUCGCGAGGAGCUUCUGUCCACGAGGUGCACCAGCCUUCCUCUGUCCUACGCAUGGAUGACAAGUAUCGUUACUUUCACCACGGCCGUGGAUGACUUUACGGCGCUCCUGAAGGGUGGCGCAGAUGUGAAUUGCCUCCUCUCCACCCUGUUUGGCUUCGGAUUCGGCUUGCAGGUCUGCUGGUUUGUGACAACCGUCAGGGUGGUGUCGUAUCUCGUCGAACGCUAUGCUGAACCUUGGUGGUCCGGCUGGGCGGACCAUCUGCAGACUUUCGUGAUUUACAUCUUCACCUAUCUCUGGUUCAUGCUUGGAGGUGUCAUUGCACAGCUCACUUGUCGCUCUGACCUGUGGAUGGCCAUCGUCUGGUUGAUCGUGUCUGCCAUCAUCAACGCCAAUGUUUCGGCUGGUUGGGGCUGGUGGGCACGGCCGCACCACCCAAACAAGCAGCCGGAGACGCUGCAGUAG